UCAGGGCUGACAACAUGAAAGUUUGGUUAUGUUGCAUCUGAACAUGCGUUGAUAUUAUGAUUUUUAGUUAAAAAAAAUUGAGUUAAAAUGAAUACAGAAGAAUUUCCUGUAAAUAGUGUAAAGGAGCUCUGCGCUGUGGGACUCAAUUCUUCGGAAAUCGAGCAAAAGAAUGUAGAAAAAAGUGAGAUAAGUCUUGAAGGUCUUGAGGAGAUUGUACCAAAACAGGAAUCUGUUUUGAGGAACUUCUUUCAUGAUUGUAAGACUGAACCAGGCAAAGUUGUAGUAAAGGUUGAGCAGGGAAAGAACGGGCUUCAAUGUCAGCUGUGUGAUAAAGUCGUCCAAUCUCAUGGACACUUCAAAGAACACAUUAAUUCUAUUCACAGCAUCAAUGGGAUGAUCAAAUGUACUCAUUGCCCCCGGACAUUCAAGUACUUGUGGAUACUGAAGAGGCAUUUGGUGACACAUCCAGAAGAGAAACCAAUGCCUUGCAGCAUCUGCCAGACGACAUUUAGGAAUGCUGAUGACCUGAAAAAUCAUUUCAAAGGGCAUUUUGUUCCUAAAUGCUACUCUUGUUCAGAUUGUGAUAUCAAAUUCCAGGACAAGAAGAAAUUUAAGAUCCAUAUUCAGGAGGUUCACACGAGAAACAAAAGCCAAGCUAUGAAGGAGAAUGAAAAGGAUCCGUACACUUGUCCUCAGUGUGGCAAGAUUACAUGGGAAUUUGAUUUUUAUCAGAAGCAUUUAGCCACUCAUAGCAAUAAACGUCCCUUUAAAUGCACAAUCUGCUCCCAGUCAUACAAGCAUUCGGACAGCUUCAAGAGACACAUCGGUGUCCACUGCAAACAGAAGCUCUUCACUUGCAAAGUCUGCAGUGUUUAUUUUGCAAAGAAAGACUUACUUGUAAUUCACAUGAAGACUCAUGAGAACACCAUUAAAUGUCCGUAUUGUGAUAUGGCAUAUAGCAAGAAAGGGUAUCUUGAGUGGCAUCUAGAGACCAUCCACAAAGGUCUCCCAGGCUCCAUUGAAAAAUAAAAAAAAAAUCACAGAAAGUAAUUCCAUUAGAAAGGAAGAUAUGGAGUGUAAAGAUUUGGGGCAAGAUAAUACAGUGAUAACUAAAGGAUUUAGUAGUCACAUCUUCAAGUAAAAAUUCUUCAUUCAAGCUAAAUGAAUAAUAUUUCUAGUUCAAGCUAUUUCCCUUCCAGAAAAAAAUGAAGUCAACUGGAAUCUGCAAAUUAUGAUUUUUCUCUGAAUUUCCUCAGAAGGAUUUUCAAGUUAUAAUUUAUUGACGUCGUGAAUUAAAAGAA